CUAGCUUUUUUUCCCCCUCCAGGAGGGGGGCAGCCGCCACGGGCGCGGCUGGAGAGAGGGCGCACCUCCGCGGGCCUGCGAAGGCGGCGCGCUCGCCAUGGCGGCCGGGCCCGGCGCGGCGGCCGAGCUUGCGCCGCCCCCUCCAGUGUCCACCUUCCCCAUGGACGAGAAGGACCUUCGGCGCUGGCAGCAGCGGGCUCCCCUUGCAGUCGGGGCGCCGCGGGCGCGCGGCAACACGGACGUGGCUCCGCGGGUGCGCAGCAGCACGGAGGAUGUUCGAGCAGUGGAUCCUCACUUGGCAGGGCUGCGGGGAAGACGAGUAAUGUCCGACAUGCCCGCUGGUGUGCGUGAGGCGCCUGUUCGGGAUCGGAUCAGCGCCAUGUUCGAGAACAUAAAGCAGUGGGGCAACGACCACUUGUUCAAGAGGCAGCACACCCAUGAAGACUUCUUUGUGGAGUAUCUUGGGGGAGUGGAGCUGGCACUCGACCUGCCCCUGGACAAGGGCAACUUGGAGAACAGUGUCGCCGUGCGGCAGGGACCCAUUCGGACCUUGAAGUGGACGGUCGAGGUACCUACGAAACUUGCGGCGUACACCUCCUCCCUCACAAACAUCAGAGACGACAGCGUGGUCUGCAUCGUCAUGAUGUACACCGUUUGGGCUUGCAUCCUCGGUCGAAUGGGCCGGAGCUCGGAGUUUGUCACCGGCUUCGAGGUGAGGGGGAACGGCUUCGACGUCUUCCCCUCAGGCUUGGUCCCGAUGAUCGUGCGGACAGAGUCGGGAGAGGAGGCGCCGCACACCGCCGGCGGCCUCUUCAGGAGCAUCCUCGAGGAGCUGAAGAGGCUGCGCGCCAAGAAGGCAGCCCACGGCGCGCUCGACUUCAGAGUCCUCACGAGGGCAUUGGGCCUCAGCAUGGCUGAUGAGACCAGCCACCCCAUCUUCCAGACCGCGUACGUGGUUGCCCCACCUGUCACCGAGCAGAAGGAGCUGCUGAGGGCUAUGCACAUGGUCGACGAGGGCACGGCCCCCCUGGCCCUGCAGCUGCGGGUGCAGCCGCCCGGGAGCCAGCCGCAGGGCAAGCCGCAGGAGAUGACAUUGCAGCUGCUGUUCUGGGAGGAUUUUUUCAGCGUGGAGAGCGCGCGGAAUCUCAAGGACCAGCUCGCUGUGCUGUUCUCCGCCAUGAGCCAGAAGCAGGACUGCCUGGCAAUGCCGCUGCCGGAGAUACCAGCCAUGAGCCAGAAGCAGUACGCUGAGAUGUCCGAGUGGAGCGAUAAGACGGACUACAGUAAGUUCAAGCCUGGGCAGAUACACGUCUUGUUCGCCGAGCAAACCAAGCAGAGGCCCGACGACAGGGCUCUUGUGGACUGCUUGGAGGACGGCACCGCUGUGGAGUACUCCUACAGGGAAUUCCACUCCAUGUGCAAGGACUUGUGCAGCGUGCUGACGGAUGAGUUCGGCGUCGGAUUCGAUCAAAUGGUGCCACUCCUCUUCGAGCGCGGCGUUUUCAUGCUCGUGGCGAUCUACGGCGUGCUGAUGGCUGGCGGCGCGUAUGUUCCGCUCGAGCCGCACUACCCCAGCGGGAGGAUCCUCGGGAUCCUGCAGCAGGUGCAGCCCAAGGCAGUGGUGACGGUGGAGAAGCUUCUCGACAAAAUAACGCCAGAAGCUCUCAAAGCUGGCGCCCUGUCGUGGGCCGUGGUGCAGCUGAGCGCAGUGAAUCGCAGCAGAGGCAGAACGAUCAUCGCGCACAAGGAGCUCCUGGAGAUCCGCACCGUUCCCUCGCGUCUGCCGCGCAACGGGGCCGCAGAGGGCACGAAGGAGACGCGGGCGCGGCAGGAGGCGGGCGAGGGGAUCGUGUACGUGUUCUUCACCAGCGGCUCGACCGGGACACCGAAGGGCGUCCAGGUUGAGCAUGCGGGACUGCGGCACCGCGUGGAGUGGAUGCAGGAGCAGUACGGUCUGGGACCAGGGCAGGCGACGAUCCUGAAGCACGCCUACACCUUCGGCAUCUCGGAGUGGGAGAUGUUCUGGCCACUCGCGGUGGGUGGCACGCUUGUGAUUCCGAAGCCCGGCGGCGAGAAGGACCCAGAGUACAUCUUCGGCCUGUGCGAGAAGUACCCCGUCACCGUGAUGUACAUGGUCCCCUCCAUGCUGAACAUGCUGCUGGACUAUAUUCAGGCGGAGGAAAAGAGCCCAGUGGAUGCGGGCUUCUCGCUGCGGCAGAUCAUCACCUGCGGUGAGCCGCUGACCGAGGAGACGAUCCAACAGCAUUUCCAGAUGAUAAACGAGGCGGAGCUGGACAACCUGUAUGGGCCCACGGAGGGCUCUAUGACGGUUUGGCGUUGCCCUCGUGGACAGAAGAUUCCACAGGUGCCUAUCGGCACACCCAUCGGUGGUAUCCGCGUUUACACCCUGGACACCAUCGCGCAGAGGCUUAGCGAGGUUAACGUGCCUGGCGAGAUUUACUUCGCGGGCAAAUUUAUCGCGCGCGGAUAUCUCGGAAGUAGAGAACAGACGGACAGAGUCUUCGUCGACGACUCCGUGAUGGCUUCGAAGUUCCCUGGCGAACGCAUGUACCGCACCGGCGACCUUGCCUGCUGGAAGCCGAGCGGGCAGUUGCAGUUCCUAGGACGUGCGGACACUCAGAUCAAGCUGCGCGGCUUCCGCAUCGAGCUCGGGGAAAUCGAGGCUGUGAUCCGCGGCGGCGCUGGCGUCAAGAACGCAGUGGUGAUCCUCGCUGGGGACGGCGCAUCGAAAGUCCUGGCGGCCUACGUGGCGCCCGACAGCGUUGACUUGGACGCGCUGCGUGCCUUGUGCUCCCGCCAGCUGGCGCACUACAUGGUGCCAUCUUCGUUCCAGAAGUUGGCGCGGUUGCCCGUGACGGACAGGGGCAAACUCGACAAGAAGGCGCUCCCGCCCGCGCGUAUAGACGCGCAGGCUGCCACAGGCGGCGGCGUUGGAGGAGU